AGCGCCAGGGGCGGAGCCUGCCCGGCGUGAGCUGGGGACGCGCAGUGUGAUUGCCCAGGAGAAAGGAAGGCGCUCGACUUCCGGGUCAGGCCCUUCGCUCGCCCCGCUCUCGGCCUCCGCCAUGGCGAGUAGCGGCGGCGCCGGGGCGGCGGCGAAUCUGAAUGCGGUGAGGGAGACCAUGGACGUUCUGCUUGAGAUUUCAAGAAUUUUGAAUACUGGAUUAGAUAUGGAAACUCUGUCUAUAUGUGUACGGCUCUGUGAACAAGGAAUUAACCCAGAAGCUUUAUCAUCAGUUAUUAAGGAACUUCGCAAGGCCGCUGAAGCAUUAAAGGCUGCUGAAAAUAUGACAAGCUGACUUUCUGAAGAAAUCCUGAACAGGAAAUUGGACACACAGAGAGACACAAGGGGGGAGUGCAUGCACCCAGAAGAAACCAUGUGAGGACACAUCAAGAAGACGGCCAUCUACAACCCGAGGAGAGGGGCUUCAGAAGAAAACAAGCUGCCCAGGAACCUGAUCUGGGACUUCAGCCUCCAGAACUGUGAGAAAAUAAAUGUCUGUUGUUUAAGCCA